AUGACAGGAGAGCAAGUUCAACACCCUUUAGUUUCGCUGGUCAGAGCCAGUGUUUCCGUCGCAGUGUGGAUACUGGCUUGGGCGCGAACCCUCGUGGCAUUUGCGACCAUAUCUGUUCCUAGAUUCGUAUAUUCCAUCUUGUCAUACUCCCUUACCUUGCGGCUCGACUUCAGAUCUUUAGUACUCCUGUUUGUCCUCUCCGGUAUUCUGGUAUCGCAUUUCAUCCGUUAUCGGUAUCUCAGUACGCACUGUGACCACUCUGAGAGAGGUCCCCUGUCGCGCCCUGCGAUAGAGCCGUUGCACCCCGAUGUGCAAGGCAACGAGGCGCGCGAGCCGUUCCAUAAUUAUUUAGAUGAAUUCUUGCUGGCUAUCAGGGUGUUUGGAUUCUUGGAAAAGCCAGUGUUCCACGAACUUGCGCGAUAUUUGCAAACGCGCCGCCUCAUAGCUGGAGACACUUUAUCGCUCCAUCAGGACAAGAAUUUUUAUUGUGUUAUUGAUGGCCUCGUUCAAGUCUUCGCCAAAACAGACGGUAGAGAAGAUGACGCCGUUAGCACAUGGGAAGGUGAGGAUCUCAACGGGUAUCAGCUCCUUAAUGAAGUUGGGAGUGGAGGCACGCUGUCAAGUUUAUUCACAAUCCUGAGCUUGUUCACUGAGAACGUGCAGCUCACAUGGCCAGAGGAGACGUAUGACCAUGAUGUUGCUGAAGACUUUGUCGACCAACUACAAAUUCCCGAUUUCUUGUCGCGAUCGCGGGCGAAUUCCGACGUGUCUCUUCUCCAGCUGAAUAAUCAUGACUCGCGUCCAGGUCGCACAUCCGGAAGAACCCCAGCAUCUUCUUCAUCUGGAUCAACAAUCCAUGCCGCUGCUAAUGUCCCGUUGCCACGAUCAGGCUCUCACUCUACGUCACGAAGUGCGGGUCGUCAAAGCAUGGGCAGCGUAGAUGGCUCGGAGGAUUCGCGCAGCACUUGGAGAGCUAAGCGACCUUCACUUAGGAGAAGCAAGACGACUUUCCCAUCCGGUCUUGAUCGUGCAGGGGGAUCGGUGGCACGUGCGACGGUAGACACCACCUUAGCUGUCAUACCUGCCGAGGCUUUCCGUAGGCUGACAUCCAAGUACCCCAAGAUGAUCCUGGCUCGGUUCACCCGUGUUACUUUCAUGGCAGCGCAUAAAUAUCUCGGAUUAACUUCUGAACUUCUCCGAACGGAGAAAGCCAUCAACGACCUUGCAUGUCAUCCGCUACCCCUCGACUUUUACCGAAGAGGAGGAAUGGAAAAAUUGCGUCAGCGAUUCGCUCCAGACCCCAAGGAGCCGGGGUCAGAUACGUCAUCCAGUGACUCAGAUUACUUUGGCAGCGCCGCAAAUGGUCAUAUCAUCGACCAAACCAAUACUGUUGCUCCUAGCAGUGUGACGGAUUCACCUCCUUCGGGACCGUCGAACCGAAGGAUGCACCCCAACGCUGGGGAUCUUCAUAGUUCCGCCAUAGUCAACAGCGAAGCAUAUCUACCUUUGACUAGAAGCGAGAGUGUCCUCUUCACGCCUGCGGCCACGAGACAUGCGUCAGGUGAACAAACUCGCAAGAAUCACCUUCACUCGGACGACUUCGACCUGCGAGAACAAGUUAUGGACUGCAUCGUCAAAUGCAUCGGCUUGGUGCAGCCACCAUCCGUUAGCGCAGAGUCGGUGGAAGCCUCCCCAGCCUUUGGACCCAUGGAUCAAUUCGGCCGGCCUGCGUUCACCACGUCAUUUAGUUCUCUUUCGCUCCUACAAGCAGCGGAUGACGCAUCCAGCGUUACAGCUAGUUCUGUCAAUGCUCAAUCGCCUAAUGUGAUUGAGAACGAAGUCGAGAUAUUGUUUUUCCGUCAAGGUGAUACGCUCGUACAUGCAGGCGAGAGAGAUGCGGGUGAGUUGUCACAAGUAUCUGGAGCGAUCAAGAACACAGCGCUAAUAAACAAAAGGAGAAUGAAAUCGAAAAUUGAAGCACCUCAGGAUGCAAGUGCUCAGAAGCCGAAUCCCAUGAAACAUUUAUUCGAUGUCAAGGCCGGCGGGAUCGCAGGUUACCUCGCUUCCUUGUCUGAGACGGCUUCAUACGUGGAAAUUCGAGCCAAGACAGACACAUAUGUGGGGUUUCUGCCGCACAAAGCACUGAUGCGGCUGCUAGAGAAGCGACCCAUUGUUCUGCUCACCUUGGCGAAGCGCCUCAUCUCAUUGCUUUCUCCCCUUGUCUUACAAAUUGAUUCUGCCCUGGAUUGGGUCCAAGUCAGCGCUGGUCAGGUCCUAUGGCGUCCGGGUGAGACCAGCGACAGUUUUUAUAUUGUCAUCAACGGUCGUCUCAGGGUGCUUGGUGAGGAUGAGAAGGGAAACAUGAAGGUGCUGAACGAAUUUGGACAAGGUGAAACUGUUGGAGAGUUGGAUGUCAUUACCAGUUCCCCUCGAACAACUACUCUGCAUGCUAUCCGUGACACCGAACUAGUUCGAAUGCCACUGACUCUUUUCAAUGCAAUAUCCGUGAGGCACCCAAAAACGACCAUCCAAUUGCUUCGCAUGAUUGCCACCCGAGUCAAGGAAUCGGCAUCCGGCUCGAAGCCUGAGACAGAUAUCGGAAAAAAUCCGAAUUUGAAGACUGUAGCUAUCCUUCCAACAGCCAAGAAUGUCCCAGUUGCGGCUUUUGCUAAAAAGUUGCAAACUGCGCUGGAAGAAGUUGGCGCACCUACAUCCUACCUCACACAAGCUUCUGUGACCAAUCAUCUCGGAGCGCAUGCUUUUACCAAAAUGGGAAAGCUCAAAAUUGCCGCAUGGUUAGCAGACCAAGAACAGCGAUAUCGUAUCGUUCUCUACGUGGCCGAUUCUCCCGUCAACGCACAAUGGACGCAAACGUGCAUCCACCAGGCAGACUCGAUCAUGCUGGUAUGCAUGGGUAAUGACCCAAGUAUUGGCGAAUAUGAGCGUUUGCUUCUCUCGACUAAAACGACUGCUCGGAAGGAGCUCAUUCUACUUCAUCCUGGUCGACACGUUGUUCCUGGGUCGACGCGUGAAUGGUUGAAGAUCCGACCAUGGAUCCACACUCAUUUCCAUGUUGAACUUCCAGGUAUGCUGGGCCGAAAACCUCCUACGACGCUGGACCCCACAGGAAUGGCUGCCUUUAAGAAGUUAAAGAAGCAAGUUGAGGUCAGUAUCGGGAAGUAUCGUGGACCUCGGCCGGUAUCCAGGCGGCCAGAUUCGGCAAACGACUUUUCCAGACUAGCUCGUCGGCUUAUAGGGAAGUCUGUUGGCGUUGUGUUGGGCGGUGGUGGCGCCAGGGGCAUCUCCCAUCUUGGUGUAUUACGGGCUCUGGAGGAGCAAGGCAUACCGGUGGAUAUGAUCGGAGGCACCAGCAUCGGCGCGUUUGUCAGUGGUUUGUACGCACAUGAGGCCGACUUGUUCUCGAGCAUUGGGCGCGCCAAGCAUUUCAGUGGUCGAAUGGCGAACAUAUGGCGUAUCAUCUCGGAUGUCACCUACCCUAUCGUGGCUUACACAACCGGGCAUGAGUUCAACCGAUCUAUCUACAAGUCAUUUUACGAUCUCCAUAUUGAGGAUAUGUGGUUGCCAUUCUUUUGUAACACAACCAACAUCCUGACCUCGACUCACGAAAUCCAUACUUCGGGUUAUGCAUGGCGGUAUAUCCGUGCAUCGAUGACACUAGUUGGCUUAUUACCUCCUUUAUCGGACAACGGGAAGGUUCUGGUCUCAACGAUGAUCUCAAUGGGGGCAUCUGCCGUUGUGGCGGUCGACGUCGGCGCUGUGGAUGAUACAACUCCACGGGACUUUGGGGACUCCAUCUCUGGGUGGUGGUUGCUCAUUAACCGCUUAAACCCCUUCAGUUCAACGCCUGGUGUCCCUCCUAUCACUGAAAUUCAGAGCCGCCUCGCUUAUGUGUCAAGUGUCAAGACCCUUGCAGAUGCCAAAGUCAUGAAGGGAUGCUGGUAUAUGCCCGUGCCGGUGCAAGAGUUUACCACGCUACAGUUCGGAAAGUUCGAAGAAAUCUUCAAGCGUGGAUAUGAGGCUGCAACGAAGAUGCUAGAGGAUUGGAAAGAAACUAACAACUUGCCCACAUGGAGCGAUGAAGAAUUCAAAGAAACGGAGAAGAGGAGGAAAGGAAGAGGUUUACGUCGUAACUCAAUAUAG